AACAAUGUCGGAUUAUAUUUUUUUCGGAUUAGAAUUGCGUUGAAAAGUAUGUUGACAAGAAAUCUUAAAAAUUUAAUUCAAUUAAGGACUUUCUGUAGUUCUAAAAAAAAAAUAUUUGAUUGGAAGGAGAUAAAGUUUAAGACGAAAGUUCCACAGGAAACUGUAAAGUCCCAAUUUAGUGAGAAAACUGAAAGAAUAAAAAUCACUGAAAAUGAAAUAUUUUUAUUAGAAAAAUUAAGUCUUGUGGAUCUCGAGAGGAAGGAAGCAGUAAAGGUUCUUGAGGAUUCAAUAGAAUUUGCGAGCAAGAUCCACAACAUAAAUACUGAAAAUGUUGAACCACUUUACACUGUCCUCGAAAAUUAUCAGCUAACAUUAAGAGAUGAUAAGGUUACAGAUGGAAAUAUCAAAAAGGAUGUGCUGAGAAAUGCAGUUAAAACUGAAGAAGAUACUUAUUUUAUAGCUCCAAAGUAG